AUGUCGUCUGGUAAUCGUCAAGCACCUAUGCCACCGCCGAAACCUCGAAAUCUGGGACGUGGCCAGUUUUACCAUCAAGGAGGGUACUUGACCCCUCAAGAUAGCGACACGGACAGUGGUAUUAGCGCUGAUUGUGAUCAGGGAUCUCCGAGAGCUGCUGUUUUUGGGACAUCAAUCAACGGUACCGUAAACGGACAGCAAGGAAAUACUCAACGGAGAAUACCAGAUCUUCCACAAUCUGCGUAUCAAAAUUUCCGAAGCCAAUCUUCCGCUGACUACCUGACUCCAAAUUCUGCGCGCAAAAUAGCCAGCUACAGUACUACACCUCGUCGUCUCCCGUUGCAACCACAACAACAAUCGACUCCACCUGUGACGAAAGCUAAGUACCGUGUAAGAUUUGCCGAUGAAGUGGAUAGCGGUGCAUCAACGUCCAGCGGAACCUCCUCCACACACAUUUCACCGAGAAAUGAUCCUCAGGAAAUGUUAAUGAACUCAGCUGUCGGCGUUCCACAAGUCACAACAUACCAACAACCCGCGGGUCACUCCCAGAAUCACACUGAUACACAGUCAAAACUUAACAAAAAUGAUUUUGCUCCAGUGAACAGAUCCUCUCCAUCAUCUCAUCGGACGGGCACACUGCAAAGAACACCAAACCGCCGUCUUCCAAUCAGUUCUACUCCGCAACCUCAACCAACCUAUGCCGAUCAGUUAGAGGGUUUGGAGCCGCCACCGUAUACUAUUGCAAUGCAGAGAUUACGAUCUGUGCAACCGCAGCCUCAAGAAUCAUUCAGGGACGCUUUCAUCCGGAAAAGUGUGAAUGACACGCUUCAACGUCGCUAUCGUCAACGUAGCUCUUCAUUGCCACGUGGCAACAAAUCGUAUUACGAGGGAAUAGACUAUUAUGAUGUGCAACCACCAGUCCGUCCACCACCAACACACCAGUCACCCUUGAUGACAGCAAUUAAUCAACUUCCUGGAAGUUUGGACAACCUUCAUAUCAAUAACUUGAACAUGGGUACGAGGAGAAGAAAACUACCAACCGCUCCAUUAAUGGGAUCUUCUUGCCAAUUACACUUGGAUAAUUCAGAUGAACUAACCGCUUAUAGAGCCCUCCAGUUUCAAAUGAUGCAAGACGAAUUGCAAAGACAACCCCCACCACAAUCGUUUGAAAGACAGCCUACACUUUUGCGUCGCACCAACUUGCCUCAACAGAAUUUCAACAUUCCACAUAUCACAACAACCGGACCACCGCCAAUGGGCCAUUCCGUUCCAGUUCAAUAUGAUCAAGGAGAAUAUGGAACACAAAGUGUGCGUGCUCAAUUGGUGGCACUUGACCAAAGAGGUUUCCGAAGGGUGUUAGUAGAGAAAAUGAUGCCAGGACCAUUUGGAUUCUAUAUUGCUACCGGAGUUGUGGCGGGACAACGAGCCGGAAUCUUCAUCUCACGAGUCUCCCUUCCAUCAUUAUCCCCGAUGCUAACCGUUGGAGACGAAAUAAUUUACGUUGAUGAAGAAUAUGUCAAAGGACGUUGUCUUGAAUACGUGCAAUCCGUGAUCGCUGGAAAAACGAGUGUCACAAUUACCCUUCUUCCCGCUGUUGGUCAACCUGCAAUCUGUUGA